AUGAAUUAGCAAAUAUCACAUCAAACUAAGACAUCUUAAACAUAAUAAUUUAUAGCUUCAUAACUUUCCAAGUUACCUGAUAAAACUAAACUUCAGUAACUCAUUCCUGUCUAAUUACAUGUAAAUUGUUUUGAGCGUAAACAUAAUGAAGGAAUAGAUAAUAGAUAAUCACCUCCAUAAUAAUAAAAUUAUUGUACUAAACCAUCAUAGAAACCUCAAUAAUCUAAUCAUAAAUCUAAUAUGUCACUCUAAAAUAAAAGCAAUUCACAUAUUGAAUCUAUAUAAGAGAAAUUAUCAGCCAUAAAUCAUCCAAAUAAAAAAAGAGAUUACUCUCCAAAUUCUGAUGCUAUAAGAUAAUUACUUAAAAAUACUAAAUAAGAUUCAGAUAUCAAUAAUCUAUUAUCUAAAAGACAAUAAUCACAAGAUUAAUAAAUUAUUUUAACUCCAAUUACUGCAAAAUAUCCAUUAAAAUCUCAUUCUCCAUUAGAUAUCAAGGAGAGUGUAGCAUAAUUACUUUAAAAUCAUUUCAGUAUGCAAUAAAUAUUAUAUCUAGAAACAGAUGUAUCGUCUCCUAAAUGUAAUGGUAGCAAUUAAAAAUAAAAAAAUAAUCAUCUUGGUCCUUAUUUAUCUAUUCAAUAAUAGAUUCAAUAACAAAAACUUAAAGGACAUAGUUCAACCAAUUCAUUAUCAUAUGCAUCUAGAAAUCAUCAUCAAUAAUCCUUACAAGAUUCAAAGAAAUCUGAGACUGCAACAAUAACACCUACUCCUAAAAAGUUUACAACUACUUCAUAAAAUACAGAACAUAGUAAAAGUAAAUCUGUUGUUGAAGAAUAAUUGUAAUGUAUGAAAAUAAUGUAAUUUGAUAAAGAAAAUCAAUCCCAUAUCCUUAAUUUAGGAUCCCCAAGUGCUUUUAGUAGUUCAGAGCAAGCAUCAAGUGUACUAUCUAUUUAUUAAUUGAUAGAUUGGAGAUAGUAUAGGAAUGCAUUUACAAUUUGGAGUCAAAACAUAAUCUCCAUUUGCAAAACAACCUUAAUCAACUUAGAAAUAUUGUAUUUAUCAUAAAGAGAAGAAAGCUAAGUAUGUAACUGAAGAGGGGAAUGAUUAUCUCUUCUUUUGUUCUAAAUGUGCUGUCAAAUUAGCAGGUAAAGGAAUGUUCUUUACUGAAAUUGCAUAAUUAAAACAAUCUACAGUUGAUUCUCAAACUUUAUCAUUUUAAUAGAGUUCUCUAGAUUCAAUGAAUAGAUAAUCUUCUUCAGUGGAUAUCUAAUUCAAAGAAAGAGAAAUGAAAGUUUUUCUAGCCUUAUUAUAUUAAAUAUAAAACAAUAGAUAAGAUUUACUUAAUUAAUUAUCAAGUUAAGGCAAUAAAUUACAAAAUUAUUAUGACAAAUAAAUGAAAUUGUGCAAAGAAGCUAAAUAACAAUUAUCAAUAUUCUUGGAAGAGAUAUAUUAAAGAAGUAUCAAUUAGUUAUCAAAUUCAAAAUAAUAAACCUUAUCCUUUAUUGCUAAAAUCUUUUAAUAAAUGACUACAAAUUAACUUGACACUAAAAAGAUUUAAACAGAAAUUGAAAGCAAUUGGAAAAGAGUUUUAGAGAAUAUGGAUAUGAAAGUAUUUAGAGAAGUUAUGAAUCAACAUCAUUCUAAAUUCUCUAAGAUUGGUGAAUUUUAAUAAGAAAUAUAGAAUCAAUAUAUUCAAUUAUAUUCAAUGGGUUCUAUGGAUAUUUAAUCAACCAUGUCUUUAAUUUCAUAAAAGUAUUCUAUUCAAGUAUAUAUAGUUUUGAGAUUGUUGAAUCUGCAAUACCAUUAAUAUCAAAUAUCUAAUAAAUUAAUACAACUCAACCAAUAAGAACUUAACCUACUCCCCCUAAAAAGAAUGAAGAAUAAAUUAGUUAAAGAAUCAAAACUGAUUUCAGUAACCAAAAGAAAAAUUCUGAUAUUAAACAACAAAAUUUUUGUUAAUAUUUUAAUGAAAAAAUUGAUACUAAUAGUAAGGAUGACUAAAAAUUAAAUCCUUCAUUUUCAUCUCACAAUAACAAUCUUUAUGUUUCAUUUGAAAAUAAAGAAAUAUUUAUGAAUGCUUUAGAAAUAGAAAAGAAUAAAUAAGUUCAAUGUACAGAAGAUGACAAUUCAUCCAAAUAAUAAGCUAUCAUGAUUCUCUAAUCAUAUAAAGGAUCUCAUGCUGAUAUUUAAGAAGAAUCACUCAAUAUGUCUCAUGAAUCAUAAAAGUCUGCACCUCAUAGUCCAGCUUCUGGAUAAACAAAAGAAUCUGUUUAACGAAUUAUUCCUAAUCAAGAAUAAGAAUUUGUUAGUCUUGCUAAUAAUCAAAAUGAGACUGUACCAAAGGAAGCAUUUCAAAAAUAGAAAAGUACUUUCAGAACUCUUUUUGAAAAUGAAGAUUCUUAAGAACCUAACAUUAUAAUCAAAAAGGAAGUGACUGCCAUUUCUCCAGCAAGAAGUGAAAAGUUUAAAUCUUUCCUUAACAGAAUCUCUAAUAGUCAAUCUACUACUCAAUAGUAUUUAUAUUUUAUUUAUAUAAAUUAAACAAUUUUAGGUAUUAUCAAUAGAUACUACAAGGCAAUUAAAAAGUUGCAACCGAUAAUCCUGAUGCAAAGAAAGAAGAUACAUCAAGUUUUAAUCAAAUUAGGUUUGAUGUUCCUAAUAAAUUUGUUAGAGAAGAUAAUGGGAACUUAAAAGAUUCAUAAGAUAUCAAAGAUUCAGUCCAUCAAAUAAAUAUGUGUGAUGAUUAACAACAUCUCAGUGACUAUGAUGAAGAAAAAGAAAUAUAUGAUACUAAAAUGAGAUAUGUAUAUUAAGGAGAUGAAAGAAAAGAAUAAUAUUAAAAGACAUUGUUUUCAUCUCCCAUGUUCAAAGAUCAUUGA